AUGUCUGAGCAAGAUCAAGGCCAGAACCAAGCCCAAGGGCAGGGACAGAACCAGCAACAAGGCUAUUACAACUACUACAACCAGCAAGCCGGACAACAAGGGAACUUUCAACAGCAAACUGGUAACUAUCAGCAAUAUUAUCAAAACUACAACUCUCAAGGAGGAUACCAACAGUAUGAUCAAACUGCCCAGGGAGGUCAAGGUUACCAAAAUUAUAAUACGCAGGGAUAUCAAGCCUACCCAUCUUACCAAGGAUACCAGGGGUAUGGUCAAACUGGUCGUGGGGGCUACAGCAACACUCGCGGAGGGUUCAAGAAUUCCAAUCAAGGCUAUCAAGGUUACCAAACCUAUAAUCAACAACCAGCUUAUCAAGCAUAUGAUCAACAGCAAUUUGCCCAACCUCAGCAAACGAGAGGAAUGACAUUGGAUGAUUUUCAAAAGCAGAAGGUAGGAUCUACUGCUAGUACCGCACCAAAGCCUAAGAAAACGUUGAAACUUGCAUCUAGUUCGGGAAUCAAAUUGGUUGGUGCAAAAAAGAAGCCUGAUGAAAUUGAAAAGAAAGAAGAAACACAAAAAGUAGCUCCAAAAAAGGAAGAAGCUUCAAUCGAUAUAAAUGAAAGUGAGCACGAUUCCACUAAAGCUCCCUCAGAAAAUGCUAGUAAUGAUCUUCCAGAUGUCGCAGAACUCAAGAUAUCCGAAGACAAAACAGCGAAAACUGAGAAUCAAGCUGCCCAAUCUACACCUUCAGCCAACGUUUCAUCAGCAGACGCUCUUAUCAAGGAACAGGAAGAUGAAGUUGACGAAGAGGUUGUGAACGAUAUGUUUGGUGGUAAGGAUCACCUUUCUAUCAUUUUCAUGGGUCAUGUCGAUGCAGGUAAAUCUACCAUGGGUGGCAAUCUCCUGUAUUUAACGGGUUCAGUUGAUAAAAGAACUGUCGAGAAAUAUGAAAGAGAAGCCAAAGAUGCCGGUAGACAGGGUUGGUAUUUGUCAUGGGUUAUGGAUACCAACAAGGAGGAGAGAAAUGAUGGUAAAACUAUCGAGGUUGGAAGGGCUUAUUUUGAAACGGAGAAGAGACGGUAUACUAUCUUGGACGCUCCUGGACAUAAAAUGUAUGUCUCUGAGAUGAUCGGUGGUGCAUCCCAGGCUGACGUUGGAAUCUUAGUUAUUUCUGCAAGAAAAGGUGAAUACGAAACAGGUUUCGAAAAAGGUGGACAAACGAGAGAACACGCUUUGUUGGCAAAGACCCAAGGUGUCAACAAGAUGAUUGUUGUUAUUAACAAGAUGGAUGACCCUACAGUAAACUGGGAUAAGGAGCGUUAUGAUACUUGCGUUCAAAAUCUAUCUAAUUUCCUCAAAGCUGUUGGCUACAAUGUUAAGCAAGAUGUCAUCUUCAUGCCUGUCUCUGGAUACUCAGGGGCCGGAUUAAAAGAUCGCGUCAACGAGAAGGAUUGUCCAUGGUACAAAGGGCCUUCUUUGUUAGAAUAUCUAGACAACAUGUCGCACGUAGAUCGUCAUGUCAACGCUCCGUUCAUGUUACCUAUUGCUUCGAAAAUGAAGGAUUUGGGUACAAUAGUGGAAGGUAAAAUCGAAUCGGGCCAUAUCAGAAAAGGUGGUAGUACUUUGUUGAUGCCUAAUAAGACUCCAGUUGAAAUCUUGUCUAUCUAUAAUGAAACUGAAUCCGAGGUGGAUAUGGCAGUUUGCGGUGAGCAAGUGAGGUUAAAGAUUAAAGGUGUCGAAGAAGAAGACAUUGCUCCUGGUUUCGUUUUGACAUCCCCAAAGAACCCCGUGAAAAAUGUCACUCGUUUUGUUGCCCAAAUUGCCAUUGUUGAACUAAAAUCUAUCAUAUCUGCUGGUUUUUCAUGUGUUAUGCAUAUUCACACCGCUAUUGAGGAAGUAACAAUUACUAGAUUGUUGCACAAAUUAGAAAGAGGAACUAAUCGUAAAUCAAAGAAACCGCCCGCUUUUGCAAAGAAGGGUAUGAAGAUUAUUGCCUUACUUGAAACAGAGGAGCCCGUGUGCGUCGAGACCUAUGAGGAUUAUCCUCAGCUUGGUCGUUUUACUUUGAGAGAUCAGGGUACUACCAUUGCCAUUGGAAAAAUCGUAAAAAUUCUCGAUUAG